ACAUAACACAAAAUAUAAAAAUAGUUUUUAAUUUAGUUAGAAAAAAUAAAAAAAAAAUAUGGCUGAGGAACCAGAAGUUGUCGAGACCGCGGAGGCAGCUGCAACCGACAAACCUGCACUUGCCCCUGCGGUUUCGAUUCAUUCUGUGACUAAGCCCGAAGAGAUCACCAAGGCAGAUGAACCGGCAGAGACUUCUAAUUUCGAGGGAACAGUUAACGAAGAUCAGGGAGAUGAGCUACCGGAGGCACCUGGAGGGGAAGCUGCAGCGGAUGGAUUCAUAGAAGACCAAGGUGAUGGUGCACAUGAUUCGGAGCUUAGUGAAGCUCAGCUUUCGCCGGAAGAACUCAGGAUGAAAAAAAAGCAAGAACGCAGGGAACGCUUGAAGAAAGUCCUCGCCAAUCGUUUUGGUGUGGAAAGUAGCGAAAGACUGGUGGUGUUUCAAGAUCAGGUCUUUACAAAGGAGGAUUAUUCGGCAAAGGAUUUUGUUCUCGAGGACCCUGAAACGAUUGUGGCCAAUUUCUAUGAACCCGAUGAGCCCGAACCGGAUGCCGCAUCCAUUUUGGACGUCAAUGUCAUGCCGCAGAUGCCUGAUGUAUUGCAGAACUUCUCUGAAGCAUUAGAAGAUUAUGGAACCGAAGACAUUUUCCAUCGCGACUCAAUCACUCAACCUGAUGACGACACGUCACAAGAUGCCAUUAGCAUUGUGUCCGGCAAAACAAAAGAUCCGGACACUGUUAAGCAAAAAGCAGUAUUCCUUCAGGAGUUCGAUUUACCCAGUUUUUCCGACAUUUCAGAGGAGCACCUAGCGGUACAAUUAUCGCGGAUAAAGUCCGUGAUGAGUAUGGAAAUUCAAGAUCGUGGAUCCUUUGUCAAUCCACUAACCGGGGAGAUAAUCACUAGCACCACAUCCAGCUCCUCUUCCAGCAUUGAAUUCGGUUCGGACAACGAAGAGCAAGCCCGCGAUGCCGGCUCGGAGAUUUCCCUUGAUCUGUCCGACAUACAGGAGUUUCCAGAGACGGCACUACCACCACAGGCAAAUGCACAGUCGGCCCUGACCUUCGCGGAGUUCACUCUGAACUUUAGGGCCUCGCACUUACCCGAUGACCAAGAUGACGAAGACCCUCUGGCGAAAUAUAUAGAACUGGAGAAGAUUACUGCCGAGUUUCUCAACGAUCUGUUGAAAGAAAUAGUCGUGCGAGUGGAGGCCCGCAACUACGAAAACUUACUCCGGAGCAGGUUCGAUAAAAGGAAGCUACUGGACGAGUUGAAGGUUAUCACCAAUAUGCACAUCCUCGAAAGGAAUAUGAACAACAUGCUGAAUAAUCGAAUGCAGGAGUAUUUUAAACGCUUGAAGAACAAUCGAGUCUUCGCCAAGCUUUCCCCCGCGGACGAGCAAGCCUACUAUUCCCGGUACACAGAUGCCCUAGCCCAUCUGGAUCAUCUUAAAAAACGACUCGAGAUGGCCAAAUUGCAACAUGGCAUACAGCUGAACAGGGUCCUCUUCGAUCUACACUCGGCCCAGCAGGUUACCUCCUUCAUGGAGGAUCACCUGGAAAAGAUUGUGCGCAAGACCUUGUAUAAGCCGGACAGGGAUCAACUGGCUCGAAUAGUGGAUUCAAAUUUGCGGGCCAUAGCAUCUAAGCGGCGCGAGAUCAGCGACACCAGGCUCUUUCUGAUAACUCGCAAACAUACCCUGGGCAACCUCCUGAGGAAAAUACAUGCUUUGGAUACAGUAACACCGGAAUUGGCCAUCAAGGACUUUAUAGCCAUACAAAAUGAAACGGUAGCCAUAGAAAAGAAAAUAGAGGAGCGCCAAUCCGAUUUGAAAAAGAUGCGUAACCAGUACCUCACCGAACUCCACCUCCUUCAGCACAAUCGGGAAAAGACUUCGGCCCUGGGAGACAAGCUGCAGACAAUGAAGGACAACCUAAGGAUAAAUCAGGAUAAGCAGCGCAGGUUGCGCGCUAAACUAUAUGAAGUGAAGCUGGAAAGGACCAAACUGCGCAAAAGGUACAAAGACAUGGCCUACAAGGGCGGCAUCCUGUCGAUGCCAGCUCUUAUGCAUGAGUACGACCAUACCUUGGACAGGCUGAAGGAGAAAUCCGAGAAGGUGCAGAAGCUCAAGGAGUCGAUGAAGGCGAUUACCAAGCGCAUUACUUUCUACGAACACGGGCCGGUACAGAGUCUUUAAAGAGUAGAUCUAGUUAAAGUAUAUAAAUAAAUCUUUAAACCUUAAAAAAA